CUUUUAGGAAAAAAAUAGGUAAAGAAAUAUCUCGGAAACACCAAAUAAAGAUCAUAACCAGCGAAGCAAGCACCUAUAAAUGAACACAACAAACACACACGAAACGGCAAGAAGAAAGAAAAAAAAACACAAAUCAGGUCACCACAACUUCAACAAUGGCAAACGCUUUCCUCAUCAGUAGCAGAAACAGAAGAUCAAUGCGAACAACAACAGACUCAAAACCAAAGAAUCAUACGGUGAAGCAGAGAUCAGACUCAUCUUCAGACUACGUUUACUCAUGCAAGAAACAUUCGAAGCACAGACAACCUCCUGGAAUCUGUUCCCUUUGUCUCCACGAAAGUCUCUCCAAGUUGUCUAGCGAUUUCCAUGACUAUAGUUCAAGCAUGAGCGCAUCUUCUUUGACUAAGACUGUGUCGUCUUGCUCCUCUGCUUCUUCAGACUCAGAAUCAGAUUAUUCUUCGACGGUUAUCUCUUCUUAUUACUCUUCUGUCUCUUCUUGUCGAUCUCCUUUGCAAAAUAGAUAUAGUGAGAUCGUUGUUAAUAAGAAGAAGAAGAAGAAGCCUGUCAAGAAACAAAGCUUCCUCUCUAGAUUAUUUCUGUAAUUAUUUACCACAUUUUUGGUUUAAUAUAUCAAUUUGUUCUUCGCUGUU